AUGCGUCUUUUGCAAGUUAACGAGAACGGCGAGUUCAGCCUGACCAGGGAUCUCACCAAUAAUAUUCCGCGCUAUGCAAUACUUUCCCAUACUUGGGGAGAUGAUGAAGAAGAAGUCACCUUUAAAGAUCUAGAGAAUGGCUCUGAGAAGACAAAAUCUGGGUAUAAAAAGAUUCAGUUCUGUGGAGCGCAAGCCAGUCGCGAUGGCCUGCGAAACUUCUGGGUGGAUACCUGCUGCAUUGAUAAAUCAAACAGCACUGAGCUUUCAGAAGCUAUUAACUCCAUGUUUCGUUGGUAUAGCAAUGCGGCCAAAUGUUAUGUAUAUCUGUCAGAUGUUUCAGCAAUUGGCCUUGAUCCCAUCGACGAGUCCUUACAGUUGUGGGAACCGGCUUUUCGGAACAGUCGAUGGUUUACCCGUGGCUGGACCCUUCAAGAACUUAUUGCUCCGCCAUCUGUUGAGUUCUUUUGCUCACACGGUAGACGACUUGGUAAUAAGAAAGAGUUGGAGCAACAGCUUCUUGAGAUAACAGGGAUUCCAGCUUCAGCUCUUCGAGGGACUCCCCUGUCUGAAUUCACAGUCAAUGAACGAAUGUCCUGGGCAUGCACUCGUACGACUCACCGUGAAGAAGAUAAGGCUUAUUCUUUGUUGGGCAUUUUCGACAUCUGCAUGCCGCUCCUCUAUGGCGAAGGUUUGGGAAAAGCAAAUAUUCGGAUCCUCAAAUUAAUCGAAGAACUUCCCUAUCCUAUGCAGAGCGGUAAGCAUACAACGUCAUUUCAUUAA